CUUACUUCUCUGACAUAAAACCCCCAUUGAGUCCCAAAACUGUCAUCCAUAUCAAUAUCUAUCCUCUCAUACCUACUCCUUGUUUAAACCUUCGACAUAAUGGCUGAGACACUGAAAACCUUCCGCGGCAGUUGCCACUGCGGCGAGUAUAUCUAUGAAGUCGAUCUUCCGGAGAAGUUCAAGCCGACCGAGUGCAACUGUAGUUCAUGCUACAAGAAGGGUGCCUUAUGGAUCAUGCCCGAGCCUGGGAAAUUUCGCUUCGUCAAAGGUAACGUCGACACCUUGACAAACUACACGUUCGGCGAGAAGACUUUCAAUCACAAGUUCUGCCCUAACUGUGGAGUCCAUCUCUUGAUUGUUGGCUAUGUUGAACUCCCGAAGCCGGGUGAGGUGAAGGAUCCGAUGACUGGAUUCAAUGUCCGAUCUUUCCAAUACGGCCAAGGCGUAGACGUAUGGACUAUCGAGAGGAAUCAUCUCGAUGGUAAAUCAUUCCGGGCACCUUACGAACUACCAAAGUUCACAGGUCCAGAGCCGACAGCAGUCAUAGAGGGGGGAAGGUUAUACAAUGGUAGCUGUCAUUGCGGCGCUAUCAAGGUGGCAUUGAAAUCGAAACCGCUCGACAAGUCCUCCUCCGAGAGAAUUUUAGAAUGUAACUGUAGUAUAUGCAAUCGGCAUGGAUCGGUAUGGUCCUAUCCCCAGAAAGAUCAAAUCGUCAUCGAGGGCGAGGAUAACCUUGGUGUCUAUUUAUUCAACACGAAGCUAUUCGGAAAGACCUUUUGCAAGACCUGUGGAAUAGCAGUGCACAACCAUGUGCUGCCAAUCUCUGAAGAACAGUUCAACCAGAUGCCAGAGGCUAUGCAAAAAUUUGUCGAGAGUAGUAAAUCGGUGAAGCCGAUCAAUCUGAGACUCUUCAACGACUUGAAUGUCAGGGAUUUGAAUGUAGGGCAGUUUGAUGGUUACAACCAAACGCUACCUCGUUAUGUCGAGCCAUAGGAGAGGGUAGUUAAGCAAGGCCAAGCCGAGUUUCAAUAAAAUUGGUGAGUGGUAGCAAGAGGGAGCUAUCUUCUAUAUCCAACACAUGUAUAUGAAUAUAAAUUUUAUCCCCCCUCGAGUAUAGGC